AUGCCCGCAACUUCAGCACAUCUGUGGAAACUCCAGUACCAAGAUCUUCCCUAUGCAUGGGAUAAUUUAAUUGGUGCAGACGCCGAGGUGGCGCCGAUGUCUGCGUUUGAUACGACCAUUGAGCCACUGCCUGCCAACCCUCAUCGACGACCAAAUUCUCAAGAUACCCUCGAUUCUCCCUGCUACUUGCCACAAUGGUCUCCAUCUUCUGUGCCAUCUCCCGCAGACCUUCUCCCGUGGGAAGCGUACGAGAAUUGGACAUCUCUGAAGCACACAUUCGCGGCGCCCAGCCAGUUUGAGGACGCGCCCGUGCUACCGCCACUCAAAAAAGAUUCAAUACAGAACACGUCGAAACACUCCUCUACGACCCGCACAUCGCCCCCACAAUCUCAUUGCUCUGCCUCGACUUCAACCGUCGCCUCGUUAUCGCCGCUCCCAUCUUCCCCAUCUGGUUCGCCCAGUUCCAUUCCUCAUGAAGGCCCAGCGCAUCCUUCAUCCCGACGCUCAGCACAUAACAGAAUUGAAAAACGCUAUCGGGAGAACCUCAGUAAGAAUUUUACUGCACUUGAGUCAUCGCUGCAAGGCUAUUACACACGAGGGGUUGGAAGUGGCAGGCCCCGCUUCUACUGUCAAAGGAAGCAUGCUUCUAAGAAGAUGGCAGUUCUGACCGAUGCCGUUAAUUAUAUCGGCGAGUUGGAGGCGGAGACAGUAAUGUUGAAAAAGAAGCUGGAGACAUUGCGGCAAGCGCUGCUGCCGAAUGGAAUAUGGAAAUACACCCUGAACGAUGAUUAA